GGCGGGAACUUGAGGGACUGUGUCCUCAGCCUGCCUCCCAGGACAUUCCUAGCUGGGCCUUUCAGGGAUUGGAGAUCCAGAAAUCUCCAAGACCACUUCCCUUUUUGUUUCUAACCAAGAGGUUGUCCAGACUUUUUUGAGAAUUGGGAGCAGAGUGUGAUGCCAGGAGGGGGUGGAGUUGGCAGGUGGGAGAUGGAAGCCAACCGUGUGUGUGACUCCUCCUCGGGAGGUGAGACUAGGGCCUUCUGUGGGUGCCCCCCUGUGAUUCCAGCAAGGCGGUAGGGGAGGCAGGCUUGUGGCCUUGGAGGCUGGGAGGGCUCCAGCUUUGGGCGCAUGGAGUUUGGGUGGAUCAAGACUGCAAGGGGUGCUGCAAGCUCCUCCAUGAAUCUGGGAAAGGCAGGAAACUGUUUGUACAGUGAAAGAAGGUGGAGAAGCGGGGUGCUAACUGAGCAGACAGCAGAGGAAUCAGGGCAUCUUCCUGUCAGUAGGGGCAUGAAGGGGGAAUCUGCUCCAGACUUGAACUGUUGCCACAAGGCUAAGGCUCUGAGGAGUACAGGGGGCUCCCUGUCCUGCAGCCUGGACUUCCAGCUCUGCCCAGGUGACCAGGUCUUCUCAGCUUGCACACCACUCUCCGACACAGUGGACGCCCGUGGCUCAUCAUGUCCCAGCUGGCUGCACCCCUUGCCCCUGACACCAGCCAGGUCUGCCUUGCUGACCUGUCCCCAGGGCCUGGACCUAUAUCUGUGCACCCUACAGCCGACACCACCGAGCACAGCCCCACAGAGUCUUAGACGUGAUGUCUUGAGCACAAAGCACCAGCCACCAGGGCUGCAGGCCGGCUCCACUGAUGAGAAACGCAUGGCCAAGUACCCUGCGAGCAGGGACAAGAGGGGAAGCCAGCAGGAAAGAGCCAGCGAGGGGGCCCUCCGCCCAUCAUUCUCUCCUCACAGCGGCUCUUUGCCAACCCCCUGCUCCUGCCCACUGCCCACUCCCAUCUCCAAAGAACUCCCAUUCUCCCUCCACUCCUUCUAUCCUGAGUACCCACUUCUGCCUCCACCUCACCUGUUCACCUAUGGGGCCCUACCUUUUGUCCAAUAUCCCCUUCUCUUCAUGCUGCCCCCAGGCCCUUCCUACCCCAACAUGGCUAUGCCCAGCUUGCUGAUGAGUAUCAAUGAGCCCGGGCACCCUACUGCCCAGAGGGAGACACUGUAUCCUUACCCAGGGGCCUCCCAAGCCUCUGGCCAAAGCCAACCUUCCCAGGCCCAGAGUCGAGGUCCUGGAGCUGCCAGGACCCACUCCCCAGGGCCAAAGAGCGUGGGCAGGGCGGCUCCAGCAAGGCGGGCGUCUGCGGGCUCCCGGCCAGGCACCACAGCUCUGCCUUACCCACUGAAGAAACAGAACGGCAAGAUCCUGUACGACUGCAACGUGUGUAGCAAGAACUUCGGACAGCUCUCCAACCUCAAGGUCCAUCUGCGUGUGCACAGUGGGGAGCGCCCAUUCCAGUGUGCCCUGUGCCAGAAGAGCUUCACCCAGCUCGCCCACCUGCAGAAGCACCACUUAGUGCACACUGGGGAGCGGCCCCAUGAAUGCCUGAUGUGCCACAAACGCUUCAGCAACUCCAGCAACCUGAAGACCCACCUGCGCCUGCACUCGGGGGCCCGGCCCUUCUGGUGCAGUGUCUGUCCCCAGCGCUUCACCCAGCAUGUUCACCUGAAGUUGCACCACCGCCUGCGGCCUUGUGGCCUAGCACACACCCACCUGCCCUUGGCGUCUCUUGCCUGCCUUGCCCGAUCAAGCCUAGAUCUUGCGGCGCUGCCAUCGGAGAGGCAGACGGGCUGGGGUUUGGAAAAGGUCAAGGUGUCCUUGGCAUCUGGGGGAAAGUAUGGGCAGCCAGCCUGAGCCCUGGUGCCAGGACUGCCCCGGGAGGGGGCAGGAGCCGAGCAAUUAAAGGAUUGUCUCUAUGGCGAGUUGA